CUCCAUUAUCUCCACUCCUCGAUACUCGAUCUUUUAACUCCACCACCAUCCCCCCCUUCUUCCCGCCACCGCCAUUCUCCGGUCAUCACUAUCCAUUCCGACCAACAUGGUCCAAUUCCACGAGCACAUAAUCACAGACCUCCUAGAGGAUCCCGCCGGUGGACUUGUAAUCCUUUCGUCAGGUCUUUCGCUUCCCAAACUCCUUUCCUCUCUUCUCCUCCUCCACCAUCCCUCCCAAGGCACUCUCCUCAUCCUUUCCACUUCUCCUUCCCUCAAAUCCCAAAUCCUCUACCACCUCAAAACCCACCACCACUACUCCCCUGAAAACCACCAAAUUACUGAAAUCACCGCCGAGCUCCCCUCCCAUUACCGCCUGUCCCUUUACUCCUCCGGUCAAAUUUGUUUCAUCACUCCAAGAAUUCUCAUCGUUGACCUUCUAACUAACAAAAUCCCCGUUACUAGCCUAUCGGGACUGAUUCUUCUUAAUGUCCACUCUCUCUCUGAAACCUCGACUGAAGCUUUCAUAGCUCGAAUCGUCAAAACCCUAACUCAGUCUAUUUACAUCCGUGCCUUCACCGACAAGCCGCAAGCUAUGGUGGCGGGAUUUUCGAAGACUGAAAGGAUACUGAAGUCUCUUUAUAUAAAAAAACUGCACCUUUGGCCCAGGUUUCAGGUUUACGUAUCCGAGGAGCUGGAGAGAGCCCCGCCGGAGGUGGUUGAUGUGAGGGUUCCAAUGACUAAGUACAUGGUGGGGAUACAGAAGGCCAUUGUGGAAGUUAUGGAUGCGUGUUUGAAAGAGAUCAGAAAGACCAACAAAGUUGACGUCGAGGAUUUGACAGUGGAGAAUGGGUUGUUUAAGUCGUUUGAUGAGAUAGUGAGGAGGCAGUUGGAUCCCAUUUGGCAUAUCUUGGGGAAGAAGACUAAGCAACUGGUUUCGGAUUUGAAGACCUUGAGAAAGUUGCUGGAUUAUCUUGUUAGGUAUGAUGCAGUGAGUUAUUUGAAAUAUUUGGAUACGCUUAGGGUGUCAGAGAGUUUCCGGUCUGUUUGGAUUUUUGCAGAGUCCAGCUUUAAGAUAUUUGACUAUGCAAAGAAGCGUGUCUAUCGUUUGGCAAGGUCAAAUGAUGCAAAAGUAAAUGAGCCAAGUAAGAGCACUUCCGGCAAGAAGAGGAAACUAAAGAGGGAUGAUGAUAACGAGGAAAAAGUAGUUGAUGGUGCUUCAUCCACUGGAAAAAAUGGCGGGGUUAUAUUAGAGGAGGUUUUGGAGGCAGCACCAAAGUGGAAGGUGUUACGUGAGAUUCUUGAGGAGAUAGAGGAAGAAAGACAAAAGCAGGCCUUACCGAGAGAAGACCUAGUUGAAAGUGAAGAGGUUGAUAGUGGUAUUGUUGUAGUGGCAUGCAAAGAUGAAUGCUCAUGCAUGCAGCUUGAAGAUUUCAUCGCAAAUGGCCCCCAGAAGGUAUUGCGAGAAGAAUGGCAGAAGUACUUGUUGAGCAAAGUAGAAUUGCGUGGUUUGCCAAUGCCUCAGAAAAAGAAACCUAAACCGAGGGAAUCAAAGGGAUUUGGCAUUCUUGAUGGAGUUGUUCCUGUUACAGCCACACACAAUGCAGAACCUACGAGUGUAAACAAGCUGGAGCAUGAUGCCCUGUUCGCAGCAGCAUCAGAAAUAAGAAAUCAAUGCAGGAGGGAUUAUAUUGUUGAAGAUGAGCCACAGGUUCUUGUUGACAGCAAACGUCAAAAAGGAAGGGGAAAAGGUCAGAAUAAAAGAGGUCAAAGAAAAAAUGCUCAGAAUUCUGGAAAUAAAGUUGAUGAUGCCAAUAACAAAGUGGCAGCAAGUGAUAAGCCUGAAAUAUCUAGUUCAGAGCAUAAAGGCCAAACAGCUGAUAAUGAUUCAGCUGUUACAGAUGGUUAUCCUGAAAACAAAUUGAAGGGGGCACGGGAGAUUCUUCGGAGGCAUACUCAACAGCCUGGUUUUUCAUACAGCAAUGUGAAGCAAAUACCUCCUGUGUACUUUUAUGCUCAAGAAAGUGAUCAGCCUAUACUUGACAUUUUAAAGCCUUCUGUAAUUAUUGUUUACCAUCCAGACAUGACAUUUGUUCGAGAAAUCGAAGUCUAUAAGGCUGAAAAUCCCUCAAAGAAUUUGAAAGUUUAUUUUCUUUUCUAUGAAGAUUCUACUGAGGUCCAAAAGUUUGAGGCAAGCAUUAGCAGGGAAAAUGGAGCAUUUGAAUCAUUGAUUAGACAGAAAUCUUUGAUGAUGAUCCCAGUUGAUCAGAAUGCGAAUAGCCUGGGAUUGAAUUCUUCUAUGGAGUCGCAGCCUUCUAGUUCCCAAAAUUCAAUAACCAGAAGGGCUGGUGGAAGAAAGGAAGUUGAGAAGGAAAUGCAGGUCAUAGUGGACAUGAGGGAAUUCAUGAGCAGCCUUCCAAAUGUUCUCCACCAGAAAGGGAUGCGUAUCAUACCAGUGACCUUGGAAGUAGGGGAUUAUAUCCUCUCUCCAUUAAUAUGUGUGGAGAGAAAGAGUAUUCAAGAUCUUUUUAUGAGCUUCACAUCAGGCCGCCUUUACCACCAAGUGGAAACAAUGGUCUGCUAUUAUAGAAUACCUGUUCUUCUGAUUGAGUUUUCACAAGACAAAUGCUUUUCGUUUCAGUCAGCAAGUGAUAUUGGUGAGGAUGUCACGCCAACUAGUAUCAUAUCCAAGCUCUCUUUGCUUGUUAUGCACUUUCCACGCUUGCGAAUCAUCUGGUCUCGUAGUUUGCAUGCUACUGCUGAAAUAUUUGCUUCACUUAAGGCAAAUCAGGACGAACCUGAUGAGGCAAAGUCAAUCAGAAUUGGUGUCCCAUCAGAAGAGGGGAUUGUGGAAAAUGAUGUGAGAGCUGAGAACUACAAUACAUCUGCAGUGGAGUUUUUAAGACGUCUCCCAGGAGUGACAGAUUCCAACUACAGGGCUAUAAUGGAUGGGUGUAAAAGCUUAUCUGAACUUGCUCUUCUUCCUGUGGAGAGACUAACAGAACUAAUGGGUGGUCAGAAGGCUGCUCGAACUCUCAGAGACUUCCUUGACGCCAAGUAUCCAACCUUGUUAUAAUUCCAGUGGUACAGAAAUUGUGCCUAAUUUAUUGAUUGGUGUGUUAGUCAGACACCCGUGAGCUUCAUUGUUGCUGUAGAAUUGUUUUUCUUAAUUGAGCUGAUUAUUUCGAUA